AGUAUCGCCAACACCUUCGUCAUCCUUAUCGCGAGCUUAUCUGAAAUGUAAACGGAACCAGUCUCUUUGUCAGCGGACAGUUAUACAAACUUCAUUUAAUUCUUUCGGAAAUCGUAUUCAUAUUCCUUCAAAUCUCAGGUAAAUACCGUGAAAGCUCAUUUAGUAUAUAUUCAUCCGUCCGUCCGUCGUUCUGGUCAAGAGGAGCAUAAAGCAACAGUGCUUCACUCUCAAGGUCCCCCGCCGUUCCCUCUUUGUGCUUUCAUCUUUUGACCUUGCACUCAGACAACACAGCUUAAUCACGGAAAAAUACAUACAUUCAAAAUGGAAUCGCCAGGCCCAGGUGGCUUCUUGCCAGCACCUGCUGGUGGAAGUCUCCCAUCACCUGCCCCCUCAUCAGCUUCAUCAUACUCAAACAUCCAAGGUCUUCCUACACCGAGAACAAAGGCCCUGAAGCCCAACUCAAGUAAAGAGUUCAUGGUGCGACGGUACGCUGAAGAGCAGCUUCUACUAGUAACACGGCGAUAUGUCAAGAAGUUUGGCAAUCCAGAACCAGGCGAUACAGUGGUGGGAUAUGCUAGGUUUGGCGAAGUAUGUCGAGAUCUCGAUAGCAUCACCAAUGUCUUAUGGAAAUCAGGCACUCCAUCGCUCCAAAUACCCUUCUUAUUACGUCUCACAAGUGACUUCACACGAUAUGUCCGGUCAUUCCCCCCAGCACCAAAGGCAUCUUUCGCAAUACUCCGCAAACUAGACCACUGUUUCGCAAGUCUUCUUUGCGGCCAAGACAUAGAAACUCACGAGACGUUACCCGGUUUUGAGAACGGACUACGCGGCGGCAUGACAACAACAGAAAUGAUCCGCUGCCGAAGUUUGGUAGAUCAAUGUCGCGUUUUAAUGGUGGAAGUAAUGCGAGAUCCAGCAGAAGAGGACGAAGAGGAUGAAGAAGCAGAGACAGACACCGACACAGACGCGGAAGAACCUGGGAUCAAGGGAUGGGGAGGCGUGGAGGAUGACGAUGAGAUGAUGCUCCAGCUUGAUGCGGCGCGGGUCUUUGAGAAGACGAUUGUGCAGCUUAACGAGAGGCUUGGGGAUCUGGAGCCAUUGCAGAUGUCUGCCGAUUGAGGUGUUCUAAAUACAGAAGCACUAUAUUCUGGAGAUUCAGGUGCCACGCUCAAUGAGCUGAAUUGACUAGUUUCAGGCGUGAUCAUGCACAGAUACGAGCUGAAUACCUUUGAACCGGUCCUCUUGUGGGGUGAGCAUUGAUCAUGGUGCUUGGCUGCAGGACUGAGGUCUUGGAUCGUGUUUCGCGAAGAGAGAUGAACCAGGUCUUCUAUAACAUGGGGAUAAUAUAGGAUUUGAUAAGGUUGGUAGAUCAGUGGGGGAUGAAGCGAAUGACGCUGGCACAGACGGUUGAUUGUCAAGAUCACGCGUGGUAUUAGGUAUCCGAAAAUUCGUGGCAAAUCUACGACGGAUUAGUCAUUUCUACAAUUACUGGAUCAUGGCUCGACAAUUAUUUCCUAACCAACUUGCCCAAGUACAAGUGAUAAUAAAAU